UUCGCUGGAUCAUCAGAUAAAUAACAGAUAAACCCUAGAAAUUAUAACACUCUCAAUUAAUAAUAAAUAAAUGGAUAAUCGAUUGCCUCCUCCUCAUCAUCAAAAUUCAAAUUCAAAUUCAAAUUCAGAUAAAUAUGAAUUUGAUGGUUCAUCUCCAGCUUUUCAAUUCAAGAACACUGAUUCUAGGCCUGGGCCAGAACCAAAAGACAGAAAACUUCAAAAGGCUGACCGUGAGAAGUUAAGGAGAGAUCGUCUAAAUGAGCAGUUUACUGAAUUGGGAAAGACACUUGAUCCUGAGAGACCUAAAUUUGACAAAGCAACUAUACUUGGUGAUACAAUCCAGAUACUAAAUGAUUUGACUGCUCAAGUCAGCAGACUUAAAUCUGAGUACACAGCACUCACUGAAGAAUCCCGUGAGUUGACCCAAGAGAAGCAUGACUUACGAGAAGAGAAAGCAUCUCUUAAAUCAGAUAUUGAAAACCUUAACCUUCAAUAUCAACAAAGGGCUCGGGCUAUGUACCCAUGGAGUCAUAUGGACCAGUCAGUUGUAAUGCACCCCCCUUCAUACACCUACCCGGUACCAAUGCAAAUGCCGAUGCCACCUGGCACUAUUCCAAUGACACCUGGAUCUAUUCCAAUGCAUCCAUCCAUACCCCCAUACCCUUUUUUUGGAAGCCAAAAUCCUGGGGUUGUUUCCAAUCCUUGUUCGACUUUCUUUCCGUCCAUGCAAUACGUGUCUCCAGUUGUGCAGCCAACUACUAGGUCCCACGUCUCCAGCAGACAAGGUUCUAGAAGCAGAUCAUCGGAGCAAGGAGAGAGUGCAACUGGAAAAGAUGGGGAUUCUAAUGAUGUUGCUACCGAACUAGAGCUCAAGACACCGGGAUCUACGGGAGAUCAGGAUGGUUCACCGGGUCAAUCAAAGUCAAAGAAAUUGCAUAGGAUUGAGAAUAGCAUUUCAGAUGAGAACUCCCCAAGUGGGUGUUCGUCAUCUCGAACUGUACAAGCUAGCUCAUCAAAUAGUGUCAUUGGCGGCAUCAAUGCCGAUCGUUAAGGUCAAAUAUCAAUUUCUAACUUCUCACAACGAAAGCACAGUACUACAAAUUGCUUUUAUCCCAUAAACACCGAUGCUGGUCUAUCUCACGUCAGCUGUUGUAUGUAAUUAUUGUUUUACUAAAAGAUUAUUUACUACAUUAACAGGGGUAUCCUUUUUUACCCAAAAAAGAUUACUGUAUUGGCGUC